GAGAACUAAGUUGCUUCAGGGCCGGACGUGCAGCUCACUUCGCUGUCCACAUCGCGGAACCUCACAGAAGCGGGGAUCCGAGGGCUGGAAAGGAACUUCGGGCUGUGUUGCGAGACUUCCUGUUGGUCUACAAUCGGAUGACAGAACUCUGCUUCCAGCGCUGUGUGCCCAGCCUGCACCACCGAGCUCUGGACUCUGAGGAGGAGGCCUGCCUACACAGCUGUGCUGGGAAGCUGAUCCAUUCCAACCACCGCCUCAUGGCCGCUUAUGUGCAGCUCAUGCCUGCCUUGGUACAGCGCCGCAUCGCAGACUACGAGGCUGCCUCGGCUGUGCCGGCUGCUGCUGCUGCUGCUGAGCAGCCCAGAGACCCGUCUUCAGGCAGCUAGCCAUCCCCAACCCCAGGAGAGAAGGCACUGGAUGGACCCUCAGAUGGAAGGACCCAGUGGACCUUGGUCUUGAUGAAUCCUGCACAUAGAGAAUGAGGGGUUGCCUGAAACCCGGGUACCGUUGCUCCUCUUUCUGGAGCCAAUAAACCCCCCUUUCACUCUG